ACCUAGUACCUGGAGGCGGAACCGUGGAGCAGAUGCUCCAGGAUUACCAGAGGGAGAAAGAGUUGGAGUACAACUGUGAGUGUGGUGCCACCAUGUCAGGCCAGCGCUCAUCAUUUCUGACCCUGCCAAAAGUGCUGGUCUUGCACCUGAAGCGCUUCAAGUUUACUCCGUCCUUCCAGCUUAAAAAGGUCCUUGACCCCAUAGUCCUGCUCAGAGAGCUAGUGGUGUCCUCCGACCAGGACACUACAUAUGUGAUGGGGUUGAUCCAGAUGUGGGACAGAAGGACCCAACUGACCACUAGUUCACCUACAACAAUGCAAUCAGGUCAGAUAUGA